UACACGUUUCUCUGUCCCACACUGUAAUCUGAGGACAUUCAAAUACCAAUAUGAGCAAUUUUGGGCAGAUCCUGAAGGAGAUUGGAGAGUUUGGUGUAUUUCAGAAACGUUUAGUAGCUGCAUUAUGCAUCCCCAGCAUUUUUGUAGCUUUUGAUGUGAUUGCUCAGGUAUUUAUAGGCAUGAGCUUUCCACAUUACUGUAACACUGACUGGAUCUUGGACCGAGGUCCCAACCUGACAGCUGAGAGUCAAAGAGAUCUCACUAUCCCUGUGAAAGAGGAUGGAAAGUAUGAAAGCUGUGAAAUGUUCACACCUGUGGAUUUGGAUUUGGAAACUAUUGAAGCAUAUGGGAUUAACACAACUAUAGGAUGCAUAAAUGGAUCAGAUUUCGAGGCACCCAAAGGUGCCUCCAGCAUUGUGACAGAGUUCAACCUGGUGUGUGACAGGAGCAGUUUGAUUGAGGUAUCGCAGUCCGUCUACAUGGCCGGUCUUCUGGUUGGAGCGUUGGUGUUGGGGCAGAUGGCUGACAGGUUUGGUCGACGCUUCGUGGUCCUGCUUUCACUUCUUCUGCUACUGCUGUUUGGUGUUGGGGCUGCUUUCUCACCCAACAUCUAUGUUUAUAUAGUUCUCAGAUUUUUAGCUGGCAUCUCAUCUUCUGGCAUUGUUGCUAAUGCGUUUGUGAUCGGUGGAGAAUGGAGUGAUUCUUCCAAGUUUGCUCUCUGCACCAUUAUCUGCCACUCUUUUUUCCCUCUUGGACUGAUGUUAACGUCUGGCAUCGCCUAUUUGGUCCGUAACUGGAGGGUCCUGCAGCUGGUGCUCUUCAGCCCUCUUGUCCUUGUCCUCGGAAUCUUUUAUUGGAUUCUUCCAGAGUCAGCUCGCUGGCUCAUCACCCUGGGCAAGAAGAAGGAGGCCACAAAAGAGAUCCGGAGGGCAGCUAAGGUGAAUGGUAGGAAGGUCCCGGAAGACCUGCUAGACAAGCUGGUGGUUGAAGGUACCUCCAAAAGAGGAAGCAUGUUGGACAUCUUCAGGAUAUCACAUCUGAGAAAACGUGCUCUCGUAAUGAGCUACAUCUGGUUUGGAACAAGUCUGAUGUACUAUGGACUGAGCCUGAAUGUUGGCAAUUUUGGGCUGGAUAUCUUUCUCACACAGUUCAUCUUUGGCCUAGUAGAAAUUCCUGCACGUCUGGGCUGUUUGCCUCUCAUGCAGCGCUUUGGAAGGAGAAUAUGUCAAGCAGGGGUUCUAUUUUUUGGAGGUUCUGCUUGUCUUGGUAUACUUGGUGUUCCAAACGAUAUUCCUGUAGUGGUAACAGUCAUAGCUGUACUAGGAAAAUUUGCCGCAACUGCCAGUUUCUCCACAGUCUAUGUUUAUACUGCAGAGCUAUACCCUACCAUUAUAAGGCAAAAUGGUGUAGGUCUGAACUCCAUGUGUGCUCGUGUGGCGGGCAUCCUCGCUCCACUGAUCAGACUCCUGAACGUCUACCAUUACACCAUCCCCAUGCUGAUAUACGGCAUCAUCCCCAUUACUGCUGGAGGUUUCUGUAUGCUACUGCCUGAAACCUGCAAUGUUGAACUCCAAGACCAUGCUGAACUCAUAAAACCUGAGAAUGGGACUGUUGAGAGGGUAUCCUUCUCUAAAGUGGCCAAAUCAGGAAAGAGCACAAAACUGUAAUUUAUAUGGACAUAUUGUUUCUCCCGGUCUUUUCAUAGCAGGACGAGUAGUGUACAUGCUCUCAGCUGAUACAGUGGUAACAGUAAUUUGUUAUUAUGCAGUUUGCUAAAAUGCAAAGCAUUAACUGAGUCAUCUUUAAAUGCUAUUAUGUUUCAUGUCUAACUUAAAAAUUUUGUUUUUUGUAGUUACAAUCUGUUAAAAAUUUGUUUGACUAUUGCUGAAGUUAUAGACAGUUUUGCAAUGUGACCAGAAACACAACUCCAAAUGAAUACUAAUGUUGUUCCGUGUCUGCUUGAUGUGUAAAUAGGCAACGGCAACAUAUCAACUUUAUAAAGCCAUAAUAUGUCAAAUGUGUGUGUGUAAUCUUCUUGUUGUGGAGUUUUGUCCUCAUGUGUUUGAAUCUGUAGUCAUUCUCCCCAUUAUUACUCUUCAUUGUUUUAUUUAUUGCCUAUGUCAAAUCUGUGACAUCACAACCUGAAUUGCUGAGUGUAGGCUAAUUUCAUCGCACUGAAGGCAAAUGUGACACACCUGUGCUUCUCUGCUAUAACUAUAUAAAGUAAGUGCUCUGACAGCAUGACCUUGGUACUCCUCUCUGGUUCACAACCUUUUUUAUGGAUUAGAAGGAACAUUUUUUCAAUCGGUGAAUCAUUACAUAGAUACAUAUACCUGGCAUGUAAUACCUACAGUAUUAAAAGUAAAAGUUUGUCACAGCAAUACUGUGUAUCUUUCCAACUCCACCACCAGGCUUUCAGUAGUCACAGCAAUACUGUGUAUCUUUCCAACUCCACCACCAGGCUUUCAGUAAGUCUUCUACACUAUGGGCUGAGCCUGAAGGUUGGCAGCUUUCGCCUGAAUGUCUAUCUCAUACAGUUCAUCUUUGGUAUUGUCAAAAUUCCUAAACACCUGAUUGGUUUGGCAUUAAUUCAGCACUUUGAAAGAAGAAUAUGUCAAGGUGCUGUAUGCCUUGUGAUCCUUACUAUCCCAAAUGGUAUCCAAAAUAUGCUUUUAAUUAAUAAAAAUAUUUUUAUAGAGUUUUCUUUUUGCUUGUGUUUAUCUGAUGUUAUUUAUCCAUCAGAUCUUCCUGCUGUGGUAACAGUCAUAGCCAUACUGGGGAAAUUUGCUCCCACUGCCUCUUUCAGCACAGCCUACCAUUUUAAGAAAACCAGAGGGUAGGCCAACAAGCAACUGUUCAGUCCAUGCUGAACGAACAAAGGAGGAGCGUAAACUGAACAGUUCAGCUACAGUUUUAUUAACUGACGUGCAGGAAUUGCACUGAUGCCAUGGCAUAGUCACUUUACUUAAACACUCAAACAGUGUUUAACAUUGUGGAAAUAUUUUUUAUUUUAUUGACAUAAAAAACACUGCAGUAUACUCAUAACUGGGACUAAUGCAUUUCUUUAUACCCACAGUUGGCUCUGUCUAAUGAAUUCAAGUGUUCCUUUCAAUCAAUAAGGGAUUAGCUAUUUGCAUCAAAAGGGAGGCCCUUUAUAUUUAACAAUACUGUUUUUCAUAAUAUUGCAUGUACAAUAUAAUCGUACACUAGUUUAACAAUGAUUAAGGUAAAUUUGGUCUGAUUCAUGAUCUGAUGAAUUCAUGAUUCGGGUAUGCUUAUACUAGAAGAUCAGCCCAUGGGCCCCCUCUACACACAAGGGCUAGUAUGUGUAGUUAAAAUCCUAUUCAUUUUUGAUUCUUCUUUGUUAUCCUCACAAAUUCAAUUCAAUUUAAAAGCCUGGUUUUCAAUUUUACUUAAGUCCUUUAAAAAGUAUCAUAUAGAAUGUGUUACUGUUAUUUGUUGUAAUAAUUAUUAACUAAACAAAAAUGUAUUUAGCAAAACAGAUUCAACGAGAUAGACAAUUACAUGUUUCAGCAGCUUUCAUACUUAUGUUGCACAGUUUCUUACAAUGAUUAAGCCAUUUUUGCAAUUAAAUUGUGGGUUAUGUGUCAACACAGUGUUAAUCAUUACAUAGAUUAUCAUUGCACAGAUGAACACACUGUAAGAUUUGGACGGUAGUAGCACCACAUUGGGCCUCAAACACAUCACGAGAUUUUUCGUGUUGUCACAGUCACCAUCUCAACAGCUGAGGACAGAAACACAACAGCUUAAAUCGAGAGAAGCCACUAUAAUGAUUAAUCAUGAAUAUGACAAUAAAUAAACAUAAUGGAGAUCAAUUUUACCUUGUCUGCUGCUACUCGCAUUUAUACUGUAUAUUU